GCCAACCUGUCAGCUUCACCUCUGUGCCUGGGAAGAUCAUGGAACCAUUCAUCUUGGAAGCUAUGCUAAGGGACACGGAGGACAGGGAGGUGAUUCAAGACAACCAGCAUGGCUUUACCAAGGGCAAGUCCUGCCUGACUGACUUAAUGGCCUUCUACGAUGGAUUGACUGCCUCAGUGGCCAAGGGAACAGCUAUGGAUGUCAUCUAUCUGGACUUCUGUUAAUAUUCAACCUUCUGAAUGGCACCGCUCCAUACUGCUGCCACAGUCCUGGCUAGGAUUUAUGAAUCGAACCUACAGUGCAGUCCUGCAGGUAAUUUUGAGGGGAGGCAGGCAGAGCUGGAGAUGCAGUUAAAACGUGGAAAAGAGGAUCCUGAAGAGGUGCAGUACAAACAGUUUACAGCCUGGCUCUGGGUCAGAGAUAUGUUGACUGAUGUCAUCAAAGGUGCUUCCAAAGACAGCCCAGUGGUGAAAGGAAACUCUAUUUUUGCCUUAACUGGUCUUGCAGUUGCUGUAGCCAAAUACGAAAGCAGCCUUUCUUCAGACACUGAAGGGAUGCCUGAGACUGAACCUGAUUUUCUUCCCACAAAACACUGGAUUUCUAUGGUGACAGAGACCCUCUUUAGUAUUGUGAAUAGUCGCUAUCACCCUAAAGGUCAAGUCUUCCCAUGGUUCUACCAGAAAUCCUAUUCAGGUGAAAAUACUGCUAGCAUUAUUGCUCGUUCCUGUGCAGCGACUGCUUUGUCUCUCUUGGUGCCAGUUUUCAUGGUAUCAUGGAAGGAAAAGGUUGAGGAAGUCCUGAAUAUGCUGACUGACAGGUUACCUGGGAAACCAAAUGCCGAUGAGUCUCAAGCUGUUCAAAUCCACAUGGGCCUUGGUUUGGGCAUGUUUAUCUCACGUUUGUAUGAAGAAAAAGUCAGUGAUGUACCUGGUCAACAUAUGAACUUAGUGCUAAUGAAGUCCCUGGAUGUGCUGGAAGACUGCUGCUUUGACACAAGUCUGGAGUACAACACUGGAUGUAUUUUGGGAGUAGGACUUGUUCUUUCACUUAUGAGUCACAGUAGCCAAACAGAAUCGCGAGUGCAUGUUUCUGCUUCGUUGCGAAAACUCUGCAAAUACCUGGACAGCAGUGAGGACCAAAGCAGAUGGGUCCAGGAGGUACUUGCCUAUUCUGUGGCCUGUUCCUGUGUCUCUGCUUUCAGUGUUGGAAUCAUAGAAGCAGCUGAGGCUGAGGAGGCCAUGAACAAGCUACGGACCUUGGUGGAAAACAAUCAGCAGACCCAUGGUUUUGCUUUAGCUCUGGGUGCAAUAGUACAUGGAUUGUCAGCUUGUGGUCACGGGAAAGCCGAAGAACUGAGUAACAGACUAAUGCCAGCCUGGAUAAAAAUCGUGCUUGCUGAGGGUUCUCCAACAAUGCAGCGUCUCGCUGCUGUCAGUGGGCUGGUUGCACUGGUGGGUUCUGAAGGAGGCAUGAUACAGCUGAAAUCUGAGAGCAUUCAAUCCUCCCAGUUUCAAAGUAAGCUGAAUGAAGUCAUCAGAACCCUUACACAGAUAAUUGGUUUUUCAGGACAGAUUGGCCUUCAGACAAAUGCAGCAGGACUUUUGGGACGCCUUCAUAUGUCCUGUCUGUCUUCUACCCAGAACAGGGCAUCUGUUCCUCCAGAUUUUAGCUACUUGCCUGAAAACAGCUUUAUCAGGGCAGCGAUUGACUUUGCCAUUGAAAGUGGAAAGAAAGGCCCCGAAUGUGUCCCAACUGAGCUGGUGAAGGUAGCACUGGCACCCAUUGCAUUAGUUGGAGAAAGCCAUCAGUAUCCACCUGUAAACUGGGCAUCCAUCCUUUCUCCUUUGAUGAGGCUAAACUUUGGUGAUGAGGUAAAACAUCUCUGCCUUCAACUAGCUGUGACACAGGCCCAGUCAUCUCAAAAUGCAGCAAUGCUUUUAGGGAUGUGGGUGGCACCUCCCCUUGUCUACAGUCUCAGUGUGAAAACCCAGAAAUACCUUUUCAUGUCCCUGCCCCUGUGGAUGAAACAUGUUGCAGAAGACAAACUACAGUCUUUUACAGAAGUGUUUCUGAUACAGCAAUUUGAAGUGAAGAACCACACAAAAAACCCAGAAAUCUGCCAGAGUGUUUUACAGGGGCUCAUGCAGGCAAUGAAACUUCCAAACCCUGCCCAGUACUGCUGGAGCUUUCUGUGCCAGGCUGUGGAGAAAAUAUUUGAGCUUCUACCAAAUGAGGUUCAGAGAGGCGGACUGGACAUGUAUGUCGAUGUAGCAAAAUGUAUCUCAGAAAUGGCUGAUUCGGAGAUUGAUCACAUUGUCCAGAUCUCUAAGAACAAUAUAGAGAAGGCCACAUUCACGAAAGUGUAUUUAAUUGCUCAAGGCAGACUGCCUCUGAUGAACUUGAGUGCCGUGAUUGAUACUGUGGCAGGAUAUCACCAGAAAGAAAAUAUUUUAUGGAUGCUCUUGCAUAGUUUCUAUCACGCUCGUAUUGUGAGCCAUGAAAACACAGGAGUGCUGAAAAGAAUGGACUGGCUGCUGGACCUGAUGGGCUACAUCAGAAAUUUAGCAUACAAGUCAACACCCUUACAAGAUGUUGAUCUUAAAGAGUGCAUAGACUUCCUCCUGUGGCUGUUUGCAGCUUCUGUGGUGGCCUGGGCUGACCAUGGUGCACCGUUACUGCUUGGCCUCAGUGCUAACUGGUCACUGCAGAAGCACCAAACAGUAUUGCCGGAAUUGUCCGAGGAUCACAUUGGCAAGCACCUCACUGACAAGUUUGCGGUGCAAGAGACUCUCACUCUCCUUCCAAGCAGCAUUUCCCUUUUGCUGGCUAAAGAGCCUUGGAAAGAACAAACACAGAAGUUUAUUGACUGGCUGAUCAAUAUGAUGGAAAGUCCUAAGGAAGCAUUAUCAAAAUCUUCCAUGGACCUGCUGAAAGUUACACUUCUGGCCUUGAGAUCGCUUGCAGAGUUCAAGAAGAAAGCAGUGUGGACUAAAGCUUAUGGGUGGUAGCUGUGUGCUGUAUCUUAUCCAAUGAAGAAAACUGUUCUUACUUGAAAGCAUAAUAUUACUAUUCAGGCAUCAAGAAGACCAAUUGCAAAGAGGUGUCCUGUCAGAAGUUUUUUUGGGGUUUUGUUAUGGUUUUCUUUAUCCUUUUACCUCUUCCCAAAGACUCAUAAGAUGAAAAUCAAUAUUUUGUUUUUCACUGAUGUGGUGUUCUUUUACAAACUACCUAGCAUGGUUUGAGCUGUGCUGAAUCUGAAUGAGAAAUACACAUUCUGUUGUUCCAAUUGUGUUGUUUCAGUGACACCUGGGAGCCUUGGAAGCUGGAGUGGAAUAUUCCUUUAACUCAUGGAAGCUUUGUAGGAAUG